ACUCCCUUUCUGAGUUUGUUGAGAGGGGAGGGUCCUUCAUGAAUGAACCCUCCAUUGUUUCUCAGCUGCGUAUCUUCUUUCAUUGUAACGUGAAGUCUGUAUCUUCAGGUUUGACACAUUGGUCAUACUCUAGCCAAAAUUUCCAGAAGCAUUGAACAAGAAAAAGAGUAUAUAUCAUAUAUCAUAAAAUAUAGAGGGUACCUUUGGAAAAGAUGGCAAAAUGCUUCAGCUUUGCAGCAUCCAGAGACUGGUGGUACCGAUACUCUUUCACAAGCGCUGGCCUCAGGUCAGUGUUAACCGAUCUUGGGGAGGGGACAGUGAUGCAUUGUUGGGUGCCAAAAUGUCAUAGGCAAACCAAACCCAACCUUGUCCUUGUCCACGGCUUUGGAGCCAAUGCAAUGUGGCAGUAUGGCUACCUUCUAAGACACUUCAUCCAGCGCUUCAACAUUUAUGUUCCGGACCUGCUCUUCUUUGGAAGCUCCUUCACGACAAGGCCGGAGCGUACGGAGGCGUUCCAAGCUGAGUGCGUGAUGAAGAUGAUGGAGGCACAUGGGGUGAGGAAAAUGAACUUGGUUGGGGUGAGUUAUGGUGGUUUUGUGGGGUACAACAUGGCGGUGCAGUUCCCGGAGGCUAUGGAGAGGUUGGUGCUGUGCUGCACUGGCGUAUGCUUGGAGGAGAAGGAUAUGGAGCAGAGUUUGUUUGCGGUUUCAGAUUUGGAGGAAGCUGCCAGCACUCUGAUGCCUCAGACGCCCGAGAAGCUCAGGGAACUGAUGAAGCUUUCCUUUGUCAAGCCAGUUAAGGGCGUGCCCAACUAUUUCCUCACUGAUUUUAUAGAUGUGAUGUGCACGGAUCAUGUGGAAGAGAAGAGAGAACUGCUCCAGAUGAUACUCAAAGAUCGAAAGCUUAUUAAUCUUCCUAAGAUAACUCAGCCAACACUAAUAGUAUGGGGAGACCAAGAUCAAAUAUUCCCCAUCGAAUUGGCGUACAGAUUAGAGAGGCACUUGGGGGAGAAUGCAAAGCUAGCAGUAAUAAAGAACACAGGCCAUGCAGUGAAUUUGGAGAAGCCCAGGGAGUUUGCCAAGCACUUGAAAUCAUUCCUCAUUGAUUCUUCUCAGUCAGUCGCUUCCAAGGACGAUCGUGUAGAUUGAAAUCAUUCCUCAUUGAUUCACCUCUGUACCUUCUCAUUAUAUAACUUCGUUUCCUGCCUUUUCCAUAACUGCAUUCAAAAUUUUUGUCACCUUUUUUGUUUUCUAAUCCACAAACUUGUAAAGUUUUGAGACGUUUGAGAGGUAUGAUACCUCUCCAUUGUAUUUAUAAAUAAAAUACAAGUUAUAUAUUUUGAGU